UUUUAUUGGGAUUUAAUAAUGCUUAUAAUGAUGGUUGGAAAUCUGGUGAUCAUACCAGUUGGAAUCACGUUCUUCACAGAGCAAACAACAACACCAUGGAUUAUUUUCAAUGUGGCAUCAGAUACUGUUUUCCUAUUGGAUCUGAUCAUGAAUUUUAGGACUGGAACUGUCAACGAGGACAGUUCUGAAAUCAUCCUGGACCCUAAAGUCAUCAAAAUGAAUUAUUUAAAAAGCUGGUUUGUGGUUGACUUCAUCUCAUCAAUCCCAGUGGAUUAUAUCUUUCUCAUAGUAGAAAAAGGAAUGGACUCUGAAGUUUACAAGACAGCCAGGGCGCUUCGUAUCGUGAGGUUUACAAAAAUUCUCAGUCUCUUGCGUUUGUUACGACUUUCAAGGUUGAUUAGAUACAUACAUCAAUGGGAAGAGAUUUUCCAUAUGACGUAUGAUCUGGCCAGCGCGGUGGUGAGAAUCUUUAACCUCAUCGGCAUGAUGCUACUCCUCUGUCACUGGGACGGCUGCCUUCAGUUCCUGGUCCCGCUGCUGCAGGACUUCCCACCUGAUUGCUGGGUGUCUCUAAACAAAAUGGUCAAUGAUUCCUGGGGAAAGCAGUACUCCUACGCCCUGUUCAAGGCCAUGAGCCACAUGCUGUGCAUCGGCUAUGGAGCCCAGGCCCCCGUCAGCAUGUCUGACCUCUGGAUCACCAUGCUGAGCAUGAUCGUGGGGGCCACCUGCUACGCCAUGUUCGUUGGCCAUGCCACGGCUUUAAUCCAGUCUUUGGAUUCUUCAAGGAGACAGUAUCAAGAAAAGUACAAACAAGUGGAGCAAUACAUGUCAUUCCAUAAGCUGCCGGCUGACAUGCGUCAGAAGAUACAUGAUUAUUAUGAGCACAGAUACCAAGGCAAAAUCUUUGAUGAAGAAAAUAUUCUCAAUGAACUCAAUGACCCUCUGAGAGAGGAGAUAGUCAAUUUCAACUGUCGGAAACUGGUGGCCACAAUGCCUCUCUUCGCUAACGCAGAUCCUAAUUUCGUGACUGCCAUGCUGAGCAAGUUAAGAUUUGAAGUCUUUCAACCAGGAGAUUAUAUCAUCCGAGAAGGAGCCGUGGGUAAAAAAAUGUAUUUCAUUCAACAUGGUGUUGCUGGCGUCAUCACAAAAUCCAGUAAAGAAAUGAAGCUGACAGAUGGCUCUUACUUUGGAGAGAUUUGCCUUCUGACCAAGGGACGCCGCACGGCCAGUGUCCGAGCCGAUACAUAUUGUCGUCUUUAUUCCCUGUCGGUGGACAACUUCAAUGAGGUCCUGGAGGAGUAUCCGAUGAUGAGGAGAGCUUUUGAGACCGUGGCCAUUGACCGAUUAGAUCGAAUAGGAAAGAAGAACUCGAUUCUUCUCCAAAAGUUCCAGAAGGACCUGAACACAGGCGUGUUCAACAACCAGGAGAACGAGAUCCUGAAGCAGAUUGUGAAGCAUGACCGGGAGAUGGUGCAGGCCAUCGCCCCCAUCAGUUACCCCCAGAUGGCAGCCCUCAACGUCGUCGCCUCCUCCAUCACCACCCCCACGUGCCGGGCCAGGACCCAGUCUCCACCGGUGUACACAGCGGCCAGCCUGUCCCCCAGCAACCUGCACUCGCCCAGCCCCAGCACACAGACCCCGCAGGCCUCAGCCGUCCUGUCGCCCUGCUCCUACACCACGGCCGUGUGCAGCCCCCCUGUACAGAGCCCGCUGGCCACGCGAACUUUCCACUACGCCUCCCCCACCGCCUCCCAGCUGUCACUCAUGCAGCAAGUGCAGCCCUCGCCUCCCCAGACUCAGCAGCAGCCCCAGCAGCCGCAGACCCCCAGCAGCUCCACGCCCAAAAACGAGGUGCACAAGAGCACCCAGGCCCUGCACAACGCCACCCUGACGCGGGAGGUCAGGCCCCUGUCUGCCUCGCAGCCCUCGCUGCCCCACGAGGUGGCCACGCUCAUCUCCAGACCGCACCCCACUGUGGGCGAGUCCCUGGCCUCCAUCCCGCAGCCCGUGACCACCGUCCACACCACGGGCCUGCAAGCCGGGGCCAGGGCCACAGUCCCUCAGCGAGUCACCCUCUUCCGACAGAUGUCAUCGGGGGCCAUCCCUCCCAACCGAGGAGUGCCCCCCACACUCCCUCCACCAGCAGCUGCUCUUCAGAGAGAUGCUUCUCCUGUCUUAACCACAGACCCAGAGGCAGAGAAGCCACGGUUUGCUUCAAAUUUAUGAUCCCUGCUGAUUGUCAAAGCAGAAAGAAAAAAAAAAAUACAAAUACUGUAAUAAACUGAGA